AUGCUUGACCUUGAGCUUAUUCAUCAUUGGACACUCAAUACUUAUGAUUCAUUAACUAUCGACCCGCUCCUCCGGACAUUUUGGCUAAGGAAUGCCGUUAGAGUCGGUUUCCGUUGCGAAUUUGUCAUGCGGAGCAUUCUCGCUCUCUCCGCCAUGCAUCUGGGGUAUCUCAACCCUGCACGAAGAGAGGAGCUUACCCAGCAUGCCCUCAAUCACAAUAACUUGGCAGCUGCAGCAACACGGGCAUCAAUCUAUCAAGUCGAUCAAGUAGAGGAUACCGAAAUGCGUGAAAACCUUUUCUUGUACUCCGUUAUCAUACUGUUUUACAUCAUCUCGCAAAUAGACAACCCCCAUGAUACUUUUUUCGGCCGAGCAAAUCUGACGCAGCAAUACACACCAGACUGGAUGAUAUUCUUCAAAGGUUGUCGCCAUUUAGCGUUGGCGUCCGAGUCGUUCUACAUCAGCAGUAAUCUCAUGCACCCCUUUGUUAACCAUCAGUUGGAGAUGGGUUACUAUUAUCGACAAAAGAUAUCACAGGGCCCCCACCUUACCACUCUUCUGAGGCAAAUACAAAAUAUCGGAGACUGUUUUACGCCUUCUGAAAUGGCCGCAUAUACGCACGCCAUUCAAGAGCUAGAAGCGGUAUUUGGAGUGCUAGCAGAGUUCCCAGAGACCAGGGAUAUGUUGCACGCGUUCUUCUGGAUUAGCAACGUGUCAGAUCACAGAGGAGACUUCAUUGCGCUGCUUCAGAAACCCAAUCCCUCACAAGAAGCACUGGUUAUCUAUGCAUACUUCUGUAUGAUGACACAACGUCUUCCUGUACGCUGGUGGGCAGACAAGUGGGUGCAGGGACUCGAAAAUGGAGCACUUGACUAUCUGGACGAUGAACAUAGAACUUGGAUAGUUGAACCACCAGCAUGGGGCAAAUAG